AUGGCUCCAGAAAAGAAGGCCAACAAGCGCAAAGCGCCCGCGACCGCUACGUCCGUGCCUGCGGUGAGCGACCAUCCACCGUCGAAGAAGUCCAAGAAGACACAAGAAAAGCCAGUGAAGGAGCAAGUGACCAAAGCGAAGCCAUCUGAUUCCAAGCCGGCAAAAGAAAACGGCGUGGUUAACGGCGCCAAACCCGAGAAACUGCCUGUUAAAGUAAAUAAGAAGCCUGCGAAGGAGGUGAAACCCCGCAAACGCGCAGCCGACUUCCUGAGCGAUGACGAAGAUGUACCUGAGAAGGAGGUAGUUGCAGCGGCAGCUAAACCUAAGGCUGAGAAGGAAACGCAGCCAAAGAAGAAGGCUAAAUCUGAGAAACCUGCUGCCAACAUCGUUUCAAAGGAGAAGAGCUCUACUGCUACUGAAAAGACGAAGAAGACAAAGGAUAAAGGGAAAGAGGCCGAGAAACUUGUCGAGACGGCCCCUGAAGUUGUGGAAGAAGAGGCUACUCUCGAGUCUGAUGCGGAUUCAGAUGCCGCUGAAGAUGACCAAACCCUUGCAUUGAUUCGGGGAUUCGAAAGCAGUGGAGAGGAGGAUGCUUCAGGUGACGAAGGAUUUGAGCCAGGUCAAGAAGUCCCGAGGAUCCCCGAUUCUAAGAAAGCGAUGAAGGCGAUUCGACAAAAGAAGAAGAAGAAUGCGGAGCCAGAGGAGCCAGGCACUGUAUACGUCGGGCGAAUCCCACACGGUUUCUAUGAAGAUGAGAUGCGUGCUUACUUCUCCCAAUUCGGAGACAUCACACGUCUGCGUCUCUCUCGCAACCGUACGACUGGUAGCUCGAAACAUUACGCCUUCAUCGAGUUUGCAUCCACGUCUGUCGCGAAGGUUGUUGCAGGCACUAUGCAAAAUUACCUUAUGUUCGGCCACAUCUUGAAAUGCAAGUACAUACCUAAUGACAAAGUCCACCCAGCUAUGUGGAAGGGAGCCAACCGCCGUUUUAAGAAGACUCCAUGGAACCAGAUUGAAAAACGACGACUUGAGGGGGGGAAGUCUCGCGAGGAGUGGUCGAAGGCUGUUUCCAAGGAGUCAUCGAAAAGGGCUAAGAAGGCCGAGAAGAUGAAAGCGAUGGGCUACGAGUACGAGAUCCCGGAAUUGAAAGCCGUAGAAGAUGUUCCGGUUGCUGUUGCUGCCCCAGAGCAGAUUGAGGACGCCCCAGCCCCUGCUGUUGCUGCAAUUGAGGACAAGGAGGAAACUCCCAAGAAGGCGAAGUCAAAAGGCAAAGCUGCGGCUACCGAGGAGAAAGCUGCAACGCCCAAGUCGAUAUCUAACGGUAAGGCUGAUAAGGAAGAAAAGAAAGCCGUCGAACCCGUCGAGGUCGUGAAGAAGGCCACAGAGAAGAAGGAGUCGAAGAAGUCGAAGAAAAAGGCACCUGCAGAUACUGCUGCUACACCUGAGAAGCCAGCUAAAGACCAGAAGCUGGCCAAGAAUGCCCCAAAGGUAAAGGGUGAGACGGCGAAGCCAGGCAAGCAAGUUGAUGAGAAACCAAAGAAAACGAAGAAGGCCAAGGCUUGA